AUGAAAAAAUGGGAUGAUGAUUUCCGUAUGAAGAGUUACGUUAAUAAAAUUUAGAAUGCAAAAUCCACAGUGCCGAGUAAUCAAAAAAAAUCUUUGAAAAGUAAUAAAUGGCAACAAUAUAAUAGAACAACCAAAUAGAGAUUCAGAAUUCAGUAGCCAUGUAUCAUAUAGAUCUGAUUUCACUGAUCUAAAGGAAAGUUUAUUGUUCAAGUAAGUGAGAGAUGUAUUCAUAUUAGAUAAUUGGUUGAAUACAAUUUAUAAUAAUAUGCAAAUAAAUUAUUCUUAAGAGGCUAUUUAGGGGGAUUAUAAACAUUAGCUCAAUAACCAGCAGAUUUAUAAAAUGUGGUAUUACAAGAGAUUAGAUUACAGCCUGGACAUAAAUAAAAAUUUUUAGAUUUGUUUAAAUAUUUAAACGAUCAUUACGAUCCUCAUAAUUAUAAUGUUUAAAAUUCAUAAACCCCAACUUACAAUUAAUAAAACAGAAAUACAUAGCCUGGAUAAUUUAAUUCCCACAGUAAGAUUGAACAAACAAGAGAACCUUAUAUUGAAAUUCUGAAACCAGUUAAUAGAAGAGCAUCUCUGAAGCAUUUCUCUCCUCUCUAAGAGAUUGGAGUCAUUAAACCAAGAGUAUUACCCAAAUUGGAAAGACGUUCUAUUAAUAGAAAAAAUGAUAAAAGUCCUAAAUUUUCUGAUAGUUUAACUUAACAAUUAAUUCCCAAUCAAGGAACUACUCAUGGUAGUUCUCUUUCAAUAACUAAAGAAAUUCCAAAAUCAUUAUCAAAAACUAAUAAUAUUCCUCCUGUAGUCAAGAUUAAAUAAACUAUUAAGAAAAAGUCAAUGAUCAAAUCAAAUGCAGAGAAAGACAAUAAAUUAUUGAAGAAAUUAUUAUAAAUCAAUUCAAAAAACAGCAUAGGAGCAGAGAUUCAGCUAUAGUAAGAUUAGAUUUAAUUGAUGUAUUAAUCAUUUGAUAAUGGAAAAUUAGCUUCCACCUUGAUAAAUAUUGAUAUUGAGGAGAUUAGUUAUUGUGUAGGCAUUACUCUGCAAAAAAUGAUUUAGAUUGUUGAUUUAGAGUAGCAAAGAUAUCUCGAAAAUUAAAUCUAGGAAAUUCAACAAUAAAUCUUCAUGGAGCCUGAUUAAUACGAGGAGUUCGAAUCCAGAAGUAUUAUGUCAUCAUCACAGUAGCAAAUAAAGAGAGAUAUAUUGAAGAUUGUCGAGGUGAAGAAAACAAAGAUCAUACAGCCAAUAUGUCAAAGGUAGAUCAGACAUAUUGUUAAGAUUAUUUGGGCGAAGCAAUUAUAGAACCUGAAAUUACAGAUUAAUAUUAUGGGAGUGAAGAUGUCGCUACUGAAUAGAUUCAGAAUGCUGAUCAAAGUGAAUAAUCAAAAUUGUAGACUGAAUAAGAAUAAGGGGAUUACUUUUAAGUAUAAGAAUAGGAGAAUAAGUAUAUUCAAUAAACAUAUCAUAGUGAAUAAGUUUCUAAAUCCUAUUUUUCAGUUGACACUUCAUAUAAUUUAGAAGAUUAUCUCUUGUUUAAUAAAGUGUUUAUUGAUAAAACCAUGACUAACUAUAUUCCCAACGUCGACAUCAUAUAAAACUAUUGUAAGAACAUAAUGACGACUACCAAAAUGGAAAGGGAAGUAGCAAUUAUCUCCAUGAUUUAUAUCAACAGAUUGCUCAACUAUAAUUAAGGCUUAGAAUUAAAUUGUUUCAAUUGGUAAAAGAUUUUAUUUACAUCAUUGGUCAUGGCAUCUAAAAUAUGGGAUGAUGAGUCAUUUGAAAAUAAUAAUUUUGCAAAGGUGUUACCCUAAUUUUCAACUUUAUAAAUAAAUGAAAUGGAAAAGGUCUUCUUGAAAUUAAUCGAAUAUCACCUCUAUGUUAAUUCAAAGGAAUAUGCAAAACAAUAUUUCAUCUUAAGAACAUAUGCUGAUAAAAAAUAAAGGAGUUAUGCUCUAAAAUAAUUAGAUAUCUCUACUGUUUUAAGAUUAUAAAGAGGAGGCUAAUAACAAAUUUCAAAGCAAUAGUAUUUAAACACUUAAAACAAAAGCUUUUGA